GCGCCAAUCACCUGUUUUUAGUUUUUGUUUAUUUUCUCGGAACUUUCCCUGUGAAUUUUCAAGAAAAUGCAUGAAAUUUCCCUAAAUAUUGAUAACGUUGAACUCUUGACCGAGUUUCUCAACAAUGUUAUCACCACUGAAGUCACCGGAGGAAAAGUAUUGAAAUCGUGGAAAAUUUUUGGAUUUUCCCAUCAAGAUGAAUUUGAUUUAGCAAAGAAGAGUCUCAUCAACAUUAUUACGCAAUACUGUCGUGCCCAAAUUGAUCAAGGAACUCUCAAAUUGUACUUUUCUUACCUUAAUCCAGAACUCCAGGAAAGAGCUCUGGGAAUAAUUGAGAGCAGAAAAGAGGAGUUUCUGAGACAUUUGAUUUUUGCCAGUAUUUCAAUUGAUCAAAAGGCCAUGGAGUCAUUUGAUUGGGAUGUAAAAUGGAUUCUAGGAAGCAGCAGUUCAUCAACUGUCCAAAAACUCAUAACUUCCCUAACUCUCAGUUGCCGCAAGGGCAAGGAAUCACCGCAAAAGCUACAUGUGGAAAUGGACAAAGAACAUUUGGAUAGACUUAUUGCAGCUCUAGAGCAUUGUGAAAGGCAUUUAGGUGAACAAUAAAACGUAUUUUUAAUUUUCCAUCUUUA